AUGCGGAAGCGGGAAAUGGAGCAAGAGAAAGCGCUUCUAGAGAAAUCACUCCGAAAAGAGCAGGAACAUAUGCAACAAAUGGGGCAGAUGCGGAAUCGCUACCAGGAGAUGAUGGCGGAAAUUAAGAAGAAAACUGCGAAGCCAGAGACAGCAGCUGAGGAGAAAAACAAAGAAGAGAAGUACGUAAAGGAGAAUGAAUUAAGCGGCUCCGAAGAUGAAGAAUACGAGUCCGAGGAAGAAUAUGACACAGAGUGCGAGGAAGAAGAUCCCGAAGGGGAAUUGGAAAAUAAUGAGAAAAAGAAAGAUAAAAAGCAAAUCAGUAAGAAAGUAGAGUCACACGGGCUGGGGCGACAAUCUGCAGGGCCUACAAAGGCACAGUUGGCCGCGCGAAAUGGAAGUUAUGAAGCGUCGAAUGAGGCCUGCGGUUACAAUGAUAUUGAAAAUCUUGUACGCCUGCAGGAGUGCCUUAAGGGACCCGCAUUGGAAAACGUUCGUGGACAGCUGCUGAUGCCGAAGCCAGUUCCGAAGGUGAUAGAGAAACUGCGACAACUCUACGGCCGGCCGGAACAGCUCCUACAAUUCCACCUAAGAAAGGUGAACCGCUUGGAGGCGCCGAAGUCUGAUAAGUUGGAAACAUUCAUUCCAUUUGGAAACGCCGUGGAGCAGAUGUGUGACCACAUUGAAGCUGCGAAGAUGAAGGAACAUCUGACAAACCCAUUGCUACUGCAAAGUCUGUUGGAUAAAUUACCGUCACCAGACAAAAGAGAGUGGGUGCGCUUCAAGAGCAGCAAGAAGAAGGUGAACCUGAGGACUUUUUCGGACUUCCUGGCGAGAAUCGUCUCGGAGGCUUGCGAAGCAAACGCAUGUAACGCGACGCCAGUGAACGAGACGAGAAGCGGAAAAAUAGGUAGAGCGGGAAUGAAAGAGAAGGGAGCAGUCUACAGCCACAGUACUCUGAUGAGUUCAGGAGAAAGCACUCCACUGGGAAAAUCGUCGAACGCAAGAUUGAAACCUUGCAAAGCUUGCAAACGUACGGAUCAUCGUCUACGCUUUUGCCAAGACUUUAGGGCUAUGUCGUUCGCUGAUCGUAUGAAAAUAGUUGAGCUGGGCAGGUUGUGUAAAGUCUGCCUGAACGAUCAUGGAGUCGCACCGUGCAAGUUUAAAAUUCGAUGCAACGUUGAAGAAUGCCAAGAACGUCAUCAUCCACUAUUACAUCCGGUUCACUCAAGAGUUGUUAUGAACACUCAUCAUCACGUGCAAGGCGAGAUAAUGUUCCGGAUGAUUCCCGUGACAUUGCAUCAUGGUAGCAGGGUGGUGAAAACGCUAGCGUUCUUGGAUGAAGGAGCAUCGAUAACAUUGGUGGAACGGACGUUGACUGACAUGCUUGGGGUAGAAGGUGUUCAUGAGCCACUGACGAUUACCUGGACAGCUGGUAAUCGUCAGUGGCUCAUGAACACCUGGAAUGGAAGAAAUUCGACGAAGCUGAACCUGUGGGUAUCCUCAACCGGAAGCGAAGGGAAGCUACUCCUGAAGGCAGUGCAGACGGUGAAGCAGCUUCUUCUUCCCAAACAGGCAGUAGACGUGGCCGAAAUGAGUGCAGCAUACCGGUACCUUCGUGAUGUCCCAUUAUCGUCGUACUCACAUCAGCGACCGGGCAUGCUUAGUGGGCUGAACAACCUACACGCCAUCGCACCGGUUGAAGUUAAAAUGGGCCAGCAAGGAGAACCGAUAGCCGUUCGCUCUCCACUCUGUUGGGCAGUGUACGGACCAACUAAAAAGUCUAAACAAGCGCGGAAUUUCGUCGGGUAUCACCAAGCAGUUUCCAACGAAGACCUGCAUACCUUGCUGAGGCAACAGUACGCACUGGAGGAAUCGGUAGUGGCGGUGUCGCAAGAGUCGAAAGAAGAAAAAAGGGCUCGUGAGAUUCUAGAGCGAACCACGGCCCGCAUUGGUGACCGUUUCGAAACCGGGAUGCUGUUGAAAACUGAUGAGUUGCAGUUGCCGAACAGCUACCCGAUGACGGUGCGCCGAAUGAAGCAGCUGGAGAAAAGAUUGGAACAGACACCAGAGUUGUUUGACAAUGUACGAAGACAGAUUGUAGAGUAUCUGCAGAAGGGAUAUGCGCAUCUAGCGACGCCGGAAGAACUGGCGAAAUUUGCUUCGGGGUCAUCAUGGUUCCUACCAAUCAAUAUUGUGCGGAAUCCGAAAAAGCCUGAGAAAGUGCGACUGGUCUGGGAUGCAGCAGCGACAGUCGAUGGUGUCUCUUUAAAUUCGCAGCUGCUCACGAGACCGGAUUUACUCACUCCAUUACCGAAAGUCAUCUGCCGUUUUCGUGAACGGCCUAUCGGAUUUGGAGGAGAUUUAAGAGAAAUGUUCCACCAAAUAAGGAUACGAGAAAGCGAUAAAAGGUUGCAACUGUUUGUGUUCCGGAAUUCUCCCAAUGAUGCCCCCAGCGUGUACGUGAUGGAUGUUGCCACGUUUGGAUCGAAGUGCUCUCCGAGUCAAGCCCAAUUUGCGAAGAACCUGAAUGCGAUGGAGUUCGUCGAGCAGUUACCGGAAGCAGCGGCAGCCAUAGUGGAGAGUCAUUAUGUCGACGAUUACUUCGACAGCGUUGAUACAAUCGAGGAAGCUGUUCGGAGAGCAAAAGAGGUAAAGUUCAUCCAUUCAAAAGGUGGGUUCGAGAUAAGGAACUGGGUUUCAAAUUCUGGGAUUUUUCUCGAUGAACUGGGCGAAAUUAAAGCGUUGCAAGCAGUGCAUUUUAACUGGGACAAGGAAAAUGGAACAGAAAGGGUACUGGGAAUAGUAUGGGAUCCGAACCAAGAUGAAUUCUCGUUUUCGAUGGAACACCGGCAGGAUGUAAAGCCAUAUCUUUUAGAUGGUGUACGCCCAACGAAACGAAUCGUCCUGAGUUGCGUGAUGGGGUUUUUCGAUCCACUGGGACUGCUCACUCCGUUCACGAUCCAUGGGAAGUUGGUGAUUCAGGACUUGUGGCGAACCGGAUGUGACUGGGACGAAGUGAUAGAUGAUACCACCUUUGCAAAGUGUUACUUUCCAGAAAUCCGUUCGUCUUCUAUCGAGUCUUUGGAGUUGCAUAUUUUUACCGACGCAAGCAUGCACGCAUACGGCUGCGCAGCAUACUUCCGGGCUGUGAUCAAGGGAAAUGUUCGGUGCUCGUUGAUAAUGUCUCGGUCGAAAGUGUCUCCACUUAAGCUCCAAUCGAUUCCAAGGCUGGAAUUGAUGGCUGCAGUCCUCGGUGCUAGAAUGUUACACACGGUCAAGUCCAAUCACACGCUGCAUAUCUCGAGACAGGUUUUGUGGAGCGACUCUCAAACAGUGCUGAGCUGGAUCCGCUCCGAUCAGCAUAAAUACAAACAGUUCGUCGCCUUCAGGAUCGGUGAGAUUGUGGAACUAACGUCUGCAAGCGAUUGGAGACAUGUUCCGUCAGAUAAGAAUAUUGGAGAUGUCGUGACUAAAUGGGGCAUAGGACCACCAUUGGAUUCAAACGUUCCUGCAUGA